ACUUCUUUCCAGUUCAUGGCAGAAUUCCUCGCAGUAGCUCCGGCAUUUGCUGUUUAUUAACGGCUCCACCCCACCAGCUCGGACGUCAGAACCCGCCAAGCUCGGUAGGGGUUAGGAAGGCCGCCUAACUGCCAUCUUUGAUAUGGGCGGAAGUCUUAGCCAAAGGAAAAGACGGCCACUGUAGGUGUAACGGAGGAUACAGCGAUUACCGCUACCUGAUGGGGAGCAGGGGUGCAAAAUGGCCCUCCUUAAACAGGCGUCCCAACCUCACCAAAACCGAUGUUGAAGGCUAGAAUAAGGAAGAUCGCGUAUUUCUUAAGGGUGAGCCUUUGGCGCGUGUGCACCACGUGAUUCAGGAGUCCAUCGGUACUUCCGGCUUGAGAGACGCGUCUUCUUCACAACUUUUUUUCAUUGUUCUGGAGGCCGGAACGGUCCAUGGACUGUACAGACGCUUCAGUGUGGCUGUCUUCACCCCACCCCACCCCACCUCCGGCACUACACGUUCCAAAAUCGCCUUUUUUCUCGCCGCCAGACCCGGUCCAAUGCGUGCGUUCAGCUCAGCCACGCCCCCGCGUGCCCGGUGCGGGUGCGUUGUGGACACCGUAGUUUCCGCCGCGUCUAUGCAUGUGCUGAGCCUCAGUGCUGUGGUUCUCGGACAGGAAUGUAACAGACCCCAGAGGAUUCCUGCUUUGUCUCCUGGCUUAAGGCUUAUGACUGAUGUUGGCUAUCCCUGGAUCAUUGUUUAAUGAAGAGAAUUCACCUGCCUUUGUUGCUGUUAGCCCCAAAAGCAGAACAUUGAUUUGACUGUAAAGGAGAAACAGUCUCUUUUUUAAAAAGUUGCUUUUUGACCCCCCACCCACCCUAAACCCCAAUUCCUUAAUUUUGCUGUAGAAGUCGGGGUUUUUCAGGAACAUCUCUAUCAUUGUCUGGUGCUGAUCUCACUGCAUAAUGACUUUUCCUUUGUCAGGUGUUCGAAGCUUUCCUAACCUUUGGAAGUGCAGCCCAUACUUUGGGCUAAGCCCAGGGCACUCUUACUUCUUCCUCACAGACUACUGUGGUGUCAGGAACCAACAGAGAUGGUUUUCUCUUAAAAGAAUGUCUCCACAAAGUACCAAAGCUACAAAUGUGCCAAUUGCCAAGGCCAGAUAUCUCAGGAAAGGAGAGGAGGGCAGUAAUAAGCAAAUGUCUUUUGAUUCUCCUCAUCUUUUUGCAGCUGGAGCAGCUAAAAGGAGAUCACAGAUGAAUCCUCAGAGUAAAGAUCAUGUCUUGUCUCCCGUCAAGAACAGUUCUAUUCAACUCCCAGAAAAACCUUUGGAUUCCAAAGAAUGGGAUAAACUUAAGGAAGAUUUUCAAGGAAAGGCCAAUUUUGAAAAUUGGAUAAGUUCACAGAUGGCUCGCUGUCAUAGCCCUAUCAAUGUGGCUAAAUCUCUACUGGCAUGGGUAGCAGCAAAAAACAAUGGUAUUGUAGGCUAUAAUUUACUGGUCAGGUAUUUGUAUCUCUGUGUCUUUCAUAAGCAGACAUCAGAAGUUAUUGAUGUCUAUGAAAUCAUGAGAGCGAGAUACAAGAGGUUAGAAUCUGGGGGUUAUAGUCUUCUCAUCCGGGGAUUAAUGCAUUCAGACAGAUGGAGAGAGGCCGUGAUGUUAUUAGAAGAUAUUAAAAAAGUCAUGACCCCUUCAGUAAAGAACUAUAAUGACUGUAUCCAAGGGGCUCUUCUUCAUCAAGAUGUGAACACAGCCUGGAAUUUGUAUCAGGAAUUGCUAGGUCAUGAUCUUAUUCCUAUGUUGGAAACUUUAAAAGCCUUCUUUGAUUUUGGAAAAGACAUAAAGGAUGAUCACUAUUCCAAGAAACUACUAGACAUUCUUUUGUAUCUAAGAAAUAAUCAGCUAUAUCCUGGGGAGUCAUUUGCACAUAGUAUAAAAACAUGGUUCGAGAGUGUUCCUGGAAAGCAGUGGAAAGGACAAUUCACCACAAUCCAGAAAAGUGGUCAGUGUUCAUGCUGUGGAAAAACCAUAGAGUCUAUUCACUUGAGUCCAGAAGAGUAUGAAUUUCUUAAGGGAAGGAUCAUAAGGGAUGUGAUAGAUGGAGGUGACCAGUACAAAAAGACAACACCUCAGGAACUGAAGAGGUUUGAGAACUUUGUAAAAUCCUGUCCUCCUUUUGAUAUAGUUAUUGAUGGCCUCAAUGUUGCCAAAAUGUUUCCUAAAGCUCGUGAAUCUCAAGUUCUCUUGGAUGUAGUUUCUCAACUAGCCAAACAGAAUCUGCAACUGCUGGUCCUGGGCCGGAAGCACAUGCUAACACAGCGUUUCCGGUGGAGAAAGGAUGAGAUGGAAAAAGUGCAAAAGCAAGCCAGCUGUUUUUUUGCUGAUGACAUCUCAGAGGAUGAUCCAUUCCUUCUAUAUGCCACACUGAAUUCAGGGAAUCACUGCAAGUUUAUCACAAAAGACUUAAUGAGGGACCACAAGGCCUGUCUCCUGGAUAUCAAGACCCAACGCCUGUUCUUUAAGUGGCAGCAGGGACAUCAACUGGCAAUUAUAAACAGAUUUCCAGGAUCAAAAAUAACCUUUCAGCAUAUUCUCACCUAUGACACAGUGGUGCAAACAACUGGAGACUCGUGGCACAUACCAUAUGAUGAAGACCUGGUGGAAAGAUAUUCCUAUGAAGUGCCAACCAAAUGGCUUUGCCUCCAUCAAAAAACAUAAAGACUCUUACCCCUAUGCUAUAUUUGUGUUUGGUGCCCUCCUUUUGUUAGCAUCAGAACUCUGGUGUUUUUAUUGUUUUGUUUUGCAUGGGGUUUUGUUUGUUUUUGGCACUGGGGAUUAGGCCCAGGGGCACUCUACCACUGAGCUACAUCCCCAAUCCUUUUUGUUUUUUAUUUUGAGAUAGGGUCUCGCAAAGUUGAGGGCCUCAGUCUCCCAAGUUGUGAGGAGCACCCGGCAGCAUAAGAGCUCUUCAGUGCUUGUUUACAGUAUUGCCUCUGUCCUGAAGAUAAAAGGGUUUUAUUAGUACUGUUUGGGCCUAUUGGUUUAUAUGCCAAUAAAUUGAUAUUUCAAGUAAAUGAUACAUAAUAUCUUUUCAUAACUAACUGCAUUUUCCCCCAACAUUAGAUUUUAGAGGCUUAUCCAGAAUUGGGGAACUUAAGUGAAACCUGUUUUUCCAAUUGGGUCAGCUUAUUCCACUUACCUUGGAGGACAGAUAGUUCUUCUAGUAUCCAUUUUGCUGCUUUAACUUCACCUUCAAGGCCCACCAAUUUUUUCUUCUUCAUUUAAUUAAGUUAAUAAAAAAUUAUUUUAAGAUAAAUACUUGUUUAAGUAAUUAUUUUUGUGGGGCUAGGGGUGAAACCCAGGGCCUCCUAUAUGCUAGGCAAGCACUCUAUCACUAAACUAUAUUUCCAGCCCUUUUCUUUGUAUUAUAAUCUAAAUUAUAAGGUUUUUUCCAAAUUUGUUCAACAUUUUAUGAAAAAAAAUUUUUUCUGUGAACACUAUUAAUUCCAUCACUUAGUAUGAAAGAUUUCUAAAGUAUACAAAACGUUUUAAAUUUAAUAAGGUUUAACUGAGUUUAACAAUGUAGUUAAGUUUUAAUAGGUGCUGUCAGUUUUACCUUCUCACUGCCCAUGAUUUCAGCUGAAAUGUUCAUGUCUGAUCAUUAUGAAACUUUUUUCCAUACCCACAUAUAAAUGUAUGAUUUAAUAUUCAAGAACAGGUAAAACUCAUCUAUGGUGAUUAAAAAUGAGAAUAGUAGUCACCUGAGAAAAGGUACAGAAAAAAACUCUGGGUGAUAGAAAGUUCUAUAUAUUUGAUCUGGGUGAUGGUAACAUAGGUGUGUGUGUGUGUGUGAGCAUGCAUGUGCACAAGCAUAUGUAUGUACAUACACCUAUAUAUCUUAAAAUUCAUGCUAAACUCUUAAAAUUGAUACAUUUACAUAUACCUCAAAAAUGUGUGUUAGCAUAGAAGAGAGAAUUAUUUGCAUGAAAUAAACAAUGGCUUCAUUUACACAAAACCAAUACAUGUGUAUAACUAGGGUACGUAUUAUGCACAGAUAAACAAUCCACGGAAAACCUAAAGAUUGGCUUUUUCAUCUUUUUACCCACUAACAGGCUUCAACACUACUUCCUGCCUAGACAGAAGAACUUUCCAGGAAAAUGUUUGGUAAAUUGAGAGCACUGAAAGAUGCUGAGGAAUCGAAAGCUCUCAUAAAUCCAACAUGCUUCUUUUCUAAAUUUCAUAAACUACGUGUUUUAUGUAAACUACAUACAUACUUAACUAUGCAUAUAAGAGGCCACAUAUACUUAGAAAACAGUGCUUCCAGCAAGCUAAUCUCUGUGUGAGUGUGUGUGUGAGAGAGAAAGACAGAUAG